UUCCUUGAACGGAUAUCUUCCAUUGAUCUUCGCUACAUACUCUACCGAUACUAUCAAUUUCCUAUCAAUUCCAGUCGUCCUUCAACUACUUCAACUACUUCACAAUGUCUCAGAGCCUCCGCAUCGUCUUCGCCGCCGACGAGGCUGGCCAGCCCUAUAAGGAGACCCUCAAGGAGGUCCUCUCCAAGAACCCCAAUGUCAGCGAGGUCCUCGACGUCGGUGUCAACUCGACCUCCGACAAGACUGCCUACCCUCACCCUGCCGUCGAGGGAGCCAAGCUCAUCCGGGACGGCAAGGCUGACCGCGGCCUCUUCAUCUGCGGCACUGGUCUGGGUGUUGCCAUCUCCGCCAACAAAGUCCCCGGCAUUCGCGCCGUCACUGCCCACGACUCUUUCUCUGUCGAGCGUGCCAUCCUCAGCAACGACGCCCAGGUGCUCUGCUUCGGCCAGCGCGUGAUCGGUCUCGAGCUGGCCAAGCGCCUCGCCAACGAGUGGGUGACCUACAAGUUCGAUCCCAACAGUUCCUCUGCCCCCAAGGUCCAGGCUAUCAAGGACUAUGAGGCCGAGUUCGCGAAGUAAAUGUGGAUUUCGACGGUCGAGAGAGGCUCAGGCGGGGCCCCCACCUUUCUACUAGCAUACAAUCGGACCGAGACCGACUCUGUAUGACCAUGUCACCGGGACAUGUUUGGAAAGUCGGCGAUGCUCGUGACAUCGUAUACAUCGACGGGCCUUCGAGGAAUACCAAGCGUCCAGGCGUGGGGAACAAGCCAGACCGACUCCCGACCUAGCUCUUGUUGUGCUUUCUCAGCGACGAUUCUUUGAAAAUGUUUACACGAGCCACGAUGCCACACAAUCAGGAUAAUUUGGCAGGCCAAAUGAUUUUGUGAUUAUUUACCUAUAUUACCUUAAACUACAGGGAUAGAGAUAGAAAUAAAAUGUUUCAUCCUCUGCU